AUGGUUGUCUUCAGCCAAGUUACCGUCGCUCUCACCUGCUUCUCGGCCAUUGCUUCAGCUGCGGCUGUGCCGGUCAAGAGCCCCCGCAAGGGCUUCACUGUGAACCAGGUGCAGAAGGCUGUUCCCGGUACCAGGACUGUCAACUUGCCUGGUCUGUACGCCAAUGCACUGGUCAAGUAUGGUGCUACUGUGCCGGCCACAGUUCACGCUGCUGCCGUGAGCGGUUCCGCCAUUACCACGCCCGAGGCCGACGACGUUGAGUAUCUCACUCCAGUCACCAUUGGCAGCUCUACCUUGAACUUGGACUUCGACACUGGCUCUGCUGACCUCUGGGUCUUCUCUAGCGAGCUUACCUCUUCGCAGCAGUCCGGCCACGACGUCUACAACGUUGGCAGCUCCGGCACUAAGCUGUCCGGUGCUAGCUGGUCCAUUUCAUACGGCGAUGGCAGCAGUGCUAGCGGUGAUGUCUACAAGGACACCGUCACUGUUGGUGGAGUCAAGGCCACUGGCCAAGCUGUUGAGGCUGCCAAGAAGAUCAGCUCGCAGUUCCUGCAGGACAAGAACAACGAUGGUCUGCUGGGUCUGGCUUUCAGCUCCAUCAACACCGUCAGCCCUACCCCCCAGAAGACCUUCUUCGACACCGUCAAGUCUAGCCUUGGCGAGCCUCUGUUCGCCGUGACUCUCAAGCACGGCGCCCCUGGCACCUACGACUUCGGCUACAUCGACUCGGAUAAGUACACCGGAACUUUGGCCUACGCCGACGUUGAUGACUCCGAUGGUUUCUGGUCCUUCACUGCCGACAGCUACAAGAUCGGCACUGGUGCUGCUGGCAAGUCUAUUACCGGAAUUGCUGAUACCGGUACCACUCUCCUCCUGCUCGAUAGCUCUAUUGUCACCGCCUACUACAAGAAGGUUACCGGCUCCCAGAACAGCAGCUCUGCUGGUGGUUAUAUCUUCCCUUGCAGCGCCACUCUGCCUGACUUCACUGUGACCAUCAAUGGCUACGAUGCCGUUGUUCCCGGCAAGUACAUCAACUUCGCACCUGUCUCUACCGGUAGCUCCAGCUGCUACGGUGGUAUCCAGAGCAACUCUGGCAUUGGCUUCUCCAUCUUCGGUGAUAUCUUCCUCAAGAGCCAGUACGUCGUUUUCGACUCCGAGGGACCUCGUCUUGGCUUCGCUGCCCAGGCAUAA